AUGAACCACCAAAGAGUGUACUCCCUCAAACGUCUCGAAAGUAAAGGGGGGGGGGGGGGGUCAAAGUCGAGAGGAGGCAGUUGGAGAAAGGACGAUGGUGAGCUGUUUGGAGAGCCGGACGGACGGAUUCAGUGUCAAAGGAUCUGAGUCGACUGGCCGGAUGUGUCGAUGUCCAGGGGGCGGAGAGCGUCGAGAGAGAGGAUGGAGGAUUGGAUCCUGUCUGAGUCGGGAAAGACUCCCAAACUAUUUCUCUUUGAUCAAUGCGCGCGUCGAGGUUGUUGAUCAGAGCGAACGAUGAGAUGUGCAAAUGGGGGUCCAAGCGUUUUGAUGAGAGAGGGGCUGAAGAGGUUGGAUCAUCCAUUGAUGACCAUACAUCGAACACGAACAAAAGGAAUACCGCCUUCCAAUUCCUCUGCGUAGCUUGUGUCCACCGGCUCCUGCCCUCCUCCCUGACAGGCUACAGCUGCUGCUGCUGCUGCUGCCUGCUCGACGCUCCGUGUGUCUGUCUACCUGGAUUAUUUUUGGUGUCGACUGUGUUCAGGUCCUGUGGCGUCCGCCCCUUCUUCUUUUUUUUUGGGCUUCACGCGACUGGGACGCGUCCUCUCGAAGGGUGGGGUGAGGCGACCGCUGCUGCUGCUGCUGCUGCUGCUGCAGAGGGACUCUACAGACCAACUUCUUUUGGGGGGGGCUAUCCACUGCGAGAAUGGGCUGGUCUCAAGAACCCGUCGAGGCUGACUUGUGAGAUGCAGCUGUAUCCAAGAGUCUAGACUCAUCCUCGCUCCAUAUGAAUUCCGCUGCCUCACGGGUCCAGAAUUUCUUGUCUUAGGGCGUGUGGCGUUUUUGGU